GUGCAAAGAAUGCCAUAAGAGAAUCAUAUAGGUUCCUGAUUCUCAGAUUUCCUUUGACUUUGGAAAUUCUUAAUCUUACGUUCAAACUUACUUUUCGCCGGAAACCAUAAUGAAUCACCAAGCUUUGGAAAUGGAUUCCGGCGAAAAGCGGCUCAAUGAGCUUGGAUACAAGCAAGAACUCAGAAGGGAAAUGUCAUUGUUCAAGACGAUGGCAAUAACAUUUUCGUGCAUGUCGGUGUUCACUGGUACGCCUCUCUACGGCCAAAGUCUGCGCUAUGCUGGUCCGGCACCCCUAAUAUGGGGUUGGAUUGUUGUCACAUUCUUCACAUGGUUUGUCGGAAUUGCCAUGGCUGAGAUAUGCUCCUCUUUUCCGACCACAGGUUCUCUUUAUUUUUGGGCUGCUCAUCUGGCCGGACCCAUGUGGGGGCCAUUCGCGUCGUGGUGCUGCGCUUGGCUUGAAAUCAUCGGUCUGGUUUCCGCAAUAGGUGCUCAGGCAUAUUCCGCAUCACAAGCGUUGCAGAUGGUCAUUCUUUUAGCCACAGGGACGAACAAGGGCGGAGGCUAUUUUGCAUCGAGGGGUGUAUUCCUGUGCAUGUAUAUCGGUCUGACCAUCAUAUGGGCAGUGCUCAAUACAUUUGCAUUACAAGUGAUAGCAUUUCUCAACAUAAUUUCGAUAUGGUGGCAGUUAAUUGGUGGAUUGUUAAUAAUCAUAAUGCUACCUCUGGUGGCACAGCCAACACAGACAGCUUCCUACGUCUUCACACAUUUCGAAACAUCUCCAAAGACAACUGGAGUAUCCAGCAUACCUUAUGCGGUGAUUUUAUCUGUGCUUCUUAGCAACUACUGUUUAUAUGGUUAUGAUGCAGCCGCUCAUCUCACUGAGGAGACAAAAGGUGCAGAUAGGACUGGUCCUAUUGCCAUUCUCUCUAGUAUUGCCCUUGUAUCAGUAUUUGGUUGGGCUUAUUACUUGGCUCUCACUUUCAGCAUCAAGGACUUGGAGUAUUUAUACAGGGAGGACAAUGAGACUGGUGGUGCACUUGUACCAGCACAGAUAAUAUAUGAUGCAUUCUAUGGGAGGUUUCAUAGUUCAACUGGAGCUGUUCUUUUCAUGAUUAUCAUAUGGGGUUCCUUCUUCUUCUGUGGACUAUCUGUAACCACAAUGGCCGCCAGAGCAGUUUACGCUGUAUCAAGAGAUAAAUGCAUCCCAUUUUCGCCAAUCUGGAGGAAAGUGCAUCCAAAGAGCAAGGUUCCAAUAAACGCGGUGUGGCUUUGCACAACAAUCACUUUGCUGCUGGGAUUACCGAUCCUGAAACUUGACGUGGUGUUCACCGCCAUUCUUUCUGUCAGUACAGUUGGUUGGGUGGGCAGCUACGCUGUGCCAAUUUUCGCAAGGCUGGUGAUGGCUGAAGAGAGCUUCAAACCGGGACCAUUUUAUUUGGGGAGAGCAAGAAGGCCAGUUUGCUUUGUGGCCGUCCUUUGGAUAUGCUAUACAUGCUCAAUAUUUCUUUUGCCAACUUCUUACCCUCUUAGAUUGAGAACAUUAAACUAUGCACCAAUAGCUCUUGGUGCUGCUUUGGCUCUGGUAAUGCUUUGGUGGGUUUUGGAUGCAAGGAAAUGGUACAAAGGACCGGUAAGAAACAUUGAUGUACAAAAUGGACACCAUUAAAAUGAAAUUGUUUUUGCGUCACGAUGAGAUAAAAGUAGCUAUGUUUCGAUUUCUGGGGGAGAGAAAGGGGAGUUUUCGGGUUAGUAUACGAGAAAGUUCGUCGAACUGACAUCUCACACUGACACUGGAUCAAGGUUCUAAAAAAUGCUAGACGCUAGUCGGGUGGCGGGUUGAGGCCUAGCGUCUAGGCGGUUAGGCGGAGCCUUAGGCGGACUAGGCAAUUUAAGUAAAUUUAUUAUAUAUUGUGUAAAUAAAUGCCUAUUUAUACUUAAACAAUACAUAAUUGUAUUGUGAUA